GGGGAGAGAGAGAGAGUCCCGGAUGUUGGCUCGGCCGCCGAGAGAAAGGCGAACGAGAGAAGGCGGAGAGAAACUGAGGAGGGACGCCACGGCACCGCGGGCACACCGGCGAAGCUACGGCUACGGUGGCUCUUUGCACAGGACGAUAACGUCAAGAGCGCAGGACACUCCUGGGGGGCUCCCGCUAGCUGAAGAAGAGGAGGUGGACGGAAGGGGAGGGGGCAGUUACUCUGAAACUACCGUGAGGAUUACAGAGAGCCACCGACACGGCAGCUUUCACCCAGAAGUUGACCUACAGAAGACGUUAUGCUCAUGUCCUGAGCUGAGGGAGCCCUGACUUCAUCCUCAACCCGUCACUUUGUCUCCAUUAGUUACUCCACACCUGAUCAGCGCUCCACCAGUCACCGAGCGCCAGCAGCAACCACCUCCACCUUUUCCCCACCCCCCUCCUGCUGCCCAGCCUGCCGUCACCAUGACGUCGGAGCUGGAGAGUAGCCUGACCUCCAUGGAUUGGCUUCCUCAGCUGACCAUGCAGGCGGCCAUCCGCAAGGCGGACGCCCAGAAUGCCCACGGGCCGGGCAUGGGCAAGAAGAGUACCCUACUGGAUCCUAACACCACGUUGGACCAGGAGGAGGUGCAGCAACACAAGGACGGCAAGCCGCCCUACAGCUACGCCAGCCUCAUCACGUUCGCUAUCAACAGCUCGCCAAAGAAGAAGAUGACACUGAGCGAGAUCUACCAGUGGAUCUGUGAUAACUUUCCCUACUACAGGGAGGCGGGCAGUGGCUGGAAGAACUCAAUACGGCACAAUCUGUCAUUGAACAAAUGUUUUCUCAAAGUGCCUCGCUCCAAAGACGACCCAGGAAAGGGCUCUUACUGGGCCAUCGACACCAACCCAAAGGAGGAUGCCUUGCCUACACGGCCAAAGAAGAGGCCGCGGUCUGGAGAGCGGGCUUCUACGCCGUACAGCCUGGAGUCGGAGUCUUUGGGGAUGGAGUGUAUGAUCUCUGGAAGUGCCUCUCCAACGCUGGCAAUCAACACUGUGACUAACAAGGUGGCGUUGUACAACACAGACCAGGAAGGGAGCGACAGCCCGAGAAGCAGCCUUAACAACAGCCUGUCUGAUCAGAGUCUGGCCUCUGUCAAUCUCAACAGUGUGGGCAGUGUGCACAGCUAUACACCGGUGACCAGUCACCCAGAGCCCGUGUCCCAGUCUAUGAGCCUCCAGCAGCCCCAGUCCCAGUACAACAUGCCAGACAGGGACAAGCAGCUCCUGUUCUCUGAAUUUGAAGAUCUCAGUGCCUCCUUCCGCAGCCUUUACAAGUCUGUUUUUGAGCAGUCCUUCAGCCAACAAGGUCUCAUGGGCAUACCGUCCGAUUCCUCCCAGCAGACCCACACCUCCUGCUCCUAUCAGCACUCCCCCAGUGGCACCAUCAGUACACAGAACAGCCUGUCAAACAACCAACCCAACAGCCACCCCAACAGCCACUCCGCCAACAGUGGCCAGGUGCCCCUGUCCCAUCCUGCCCAAGCCCACCCCGGCCACGGCUCGCCCCACGCGCCGCACCUCCCACAGCACGGCGGCCCCCACAACCAACACAACCAACACAGCCAACACGCCCAGCACAGCCAACACAGUCAGCACCAACAGCACCCACAGCACGCUGCGCACUCCCAGCACGGGCAGCACCCGUCGCAGCAUCCGUCCCACGGCCAGCACCCGCAGCAGCACACGCCACACCCCUCCCAACACACGCAGCACAGCCAGCACCCCUCUCAACACGGACAGCAGCAUCAGAGCCUCUCCCACCAGCCCCAUCCUACCCAGCAACAGAUGGCCUGCAACACAGGUUUACUGUCUGACUGGUACCCAAAUCUGGAUGCACUGAAAGAAAGCUGUCGUAUUGCUAGCAGCUAUAACUGGGCUGAUGUCGACCUUUCACCUUUCCAAGGGUUAAGAGAGAGUAUGAGACAAGCGGAGUUGAACAAUUGGUCCCUGGAACCCACCCAGAUCGCAGACCUCUGCUCGUCCAUCAACCAGUUUUUUGCCCGCACCGGUGUAAUCCAGCCACAGGGGGCAGUGCAGCCCUCUGUUUGCCAUGGCUCCAUGCACCCCAACAAACCCAGCCAGCACCUCAACACAGGAAAUCUCUACAUGGACUCCAGACAGAGCAUGUCCAUGAUGGGUCCUCCAGGAUAUCCUCACAUGCCUCCCAUGAGCAGUGCAGGACCCACUAUGACAGGACACCAUGCACAGAUGAACCAGCAGCACAUGAUACCUACCAGAAACUUCCAGAUGCAUCGCAUGCCAGCUGACGACAUCCAGGACGACUUCGAUUGGGACUCCAUUGUUUAGCCCCUAGACCUCCUUUUUUUUUUCUUGCAAACAAAAGGGAGCGAGGAGAGGAGGUGGAAGCCAGAGGAAGCCAGGCUGAGCUGAAAGGCCGCAGGAGGAGGAGGAGGAGGAGGAGGAGGAGGAAGAGGAGGAGGAGGAGAAGAAGAAGGAGGAGGCCACUGUGGGUGGGAUGCAGAAGAACAUUUUGACAAGCUUUGGAGAGAGACAGACUUCCGAGUCCUGACAUUUUUACAAAAGCAAAACAUAAAUAGAAAAUGUUACUUUGAAGACAAUCAUAUUUAGUCGGACAUGUUAAAGUGAUUGCUUACGUACUUGUCUAGAGACAAGUAGAACACAUUCACGUCUAAACCACAUGCUCCUCAGCUCCUCAGCCAGCCCUCUCCCCGUCCCUAGCCAGCAGCCUUCCAAAGUCUGAACCCCUCUCCCCCCCCGACCCCGCCCCCAUCCACCCUUCCGCUCCGUAACUGUUAUGUGAUUUGAGCGACGUGUUCAGCUUGUAAUUCUUCUCGUGUUGACAUUGGCCUCAGCUGUCUCUUGGAUGAGUUUAUCUCUCUUUUUAAAAAAAAUGAUUUUACGUUUUUAUUUUUUUUUGUUUUUAAGAAACACAGGCCGUCUCUGUGAGUAAUGUGAUGGUGCUCGUUGGUCACUUUUUGGGAGAAAGUGGGCCCCACUGUGGCUGAAUUGGUGGUAAAAGUUAGGUUUACAAUAUCUUGAGGUUUUGAACAGGGUGUUAAAUGUUUUUAAGGCUUGAUAUUAAACAAACCAAGAGAGAGACAGGGAGAGAGAGAGAGAGAUCACAGAAAGUGUCGUGCUCUGUUUUCAUAGCCAACCAAUGUGAUCCGGCUCGCCGCAGCAGACUCAUUAUGGGAGUACUUUGUUUUCCUUAGUUCUCUGUCUCAAGCACUUCAAGACAAGUGAGUAUGAUGAGUGUGAGUAGAUGGUGAUAGCAGGGAAGUCAGACAUUAUUUUUUGUCUUUUUAAAAUUCAUUCAACCCAAAGUUGAAACCUGAGGUUUAGGUUCUCUGUGUGCAUCGUGUAGAUUCACGUUUCUUCCACCAGUCAGAAGCUGUUGUAACAUUUUCAUGGUAAAGUUCAUCAGUUUUACACGAGUAGCCUGUUGAUCAUUAAACAAGGCAGCGUCAUCCAGUAACCGUUAAACUGAGUCCAACCGGCACAGUGGCAAGGUGAGAUUUUGUCUUAUCUUAAUUUAUCACUGAUGCAAUAGUGCUUGUUCAUACUGUCAGUCAGUAAAUAAAAAGAAACUCUCGUACAGAAAUGCCAAAAAUAUAUUUAACUGACAGGUCCAUUUUUAACUGCUCAGCAAAUCUCAACAUCAUAAUUCUUCAAGAAACUGAUGAAAGAGAAACUAAAUUUCUUGUUAAUGUUAUUUGUUUAUUAAAACAAAUAUUGGCGGACACAUUGACCUUGGUAUACAUCCAUUUUGACCUCCAAACCAGUAUCGGUUGGGCUCUAGUUUGCGAGACAGUUUUUAUUCAAAUUGACUGUUCAAGUCAGUGGGGUUUGCUUUUAUUAAAGGAACAGUUCCAAUGUUUUAUUUUGCUUCCUCGCAGAGAGUCAGGUGAGAAUAUUGUAUACUGAACAGGAGGCUACAGCCAGGUUUUGGUCUUACAGCGGGGUGGGGGGUAUGUUCCAGACUAUUUCAUGGCCACGUGCAGUGACUUCCUGGAGAUAUAACAUGUUAAUAAGUGAACCUCAGAGGUACAGAUUGGUGCUAAUCUGGUAUCUUUGGAUGGGCCAUGCUAGCUGUUUCUAAAAUGUGGGACUGUUCCUUUAAACAAUAAAAAAAAAUGUAUGCAAAUCAUAUUUUAAUCAUUGAUACUGACAGUAACACAAAAAAUGUAAAGAUCAUGUAUGCAAUUUUUAGAGUAAUGGUUUUAAGCCUCACUGACGUGGAACAGUUAAGAGACUAAUAAAAUGUAUUUUAAAAAAAAAGCUUCUGUGAAAGCUUCUUUUUUAAUUGAUUAAUGAUCAAUAGGAUAUUCAUAAAAUGUAGAACUCUUCCUUUAAAGUUUGCAAAAAAAGCAUGACUUUUAUGUUAAGUGUCUUUGAUUUGUAAAAUGAGUUGCAUCCAAAUUCACCUGUUGUUCAUCAGAGUGAUUUUUGAUGCCACACUCAGUGUUCAUUGUCUCGUCUGACAUUUAAAUUAUGGACAUGAUUCUUUUUUUAAAAAACUGCCCAAUGUUUUUUGCUAUUAUACAAUCAUAAUAGAAUGAGAAAUGUGACUCAUUUUACAGUAUGUGAGUGAGUGUGUGUGUGUGUUGGUUGAACAUAUGGUGUGCAUGCGUGCGUGUGGUUUUAUUGUAAUUGUAGGGCUAUGAUUGAUUGCUGCAAUCAUCUCUAUGCUAUCUAUGAGCACAAAAGCAGAUGCACACAGUGAUUAAAGACUAGAUUUUGCGUUUUUUUGUUUUGUUUUUUUCGUGAGAAGGGUUUCUCAAGCACAGAGCAGGGAGAUCAGCGGUUCUGGAAACCUGUCCUCUGUGUCCUGUAACAAGUGACUCCAUAAUCAGACAGGUGCUGAACUUUAGAGACACUAUGUUUAAAACAAAGAAGAGGAAAAAAAAGCCCUUUGCACAUUUUCACUUUUUGUUGACUUUAAGAUGCAAAGCACCUCCUGGAUCUAGCUAUUCGCUCACAUUCUCAUUCAUUCAGUCAUUCGGUCGGUUAUAGUAGGACUAUCUGACCCCUAGUGGCCGUUAUGAAAAGGUUUAUUUCUCCUCUACUUGACACUGCUGAACUGUGUAUGGUGCUUUGCAUCUAUGACACUGUGUGUCCUCCUUUCAAGACGUAGUUCAACAUUUUGGGAAAUAAACUCAUUUGUCUUCUUGCUCUUUUUGCCAAGCGUUAGAGAGACUUGUAUUUUUAUGGCAAAUAUUAAGCUACAGCACACUGAUUCAUAGCUUAGCUUAGCACAAAGACAAGAAACAGGAAUGUUACGCUGAGCUAAGCUAACCACCUUCCAGCUGUAGCUUCACGUUACAGUUGUGAGACGUGGUGUCAGUGUUUGAUCUAACGCAAAAAUGAUUAUUUCCCAAAAAUUCAAACUGUUCCCUUAAAACAGUUUAGUCACCAGGGACUCCAGUAGUGAUCAUAGUUUUAAUUUCAUAUUUGGAUGACAAUCAUGGAUUCAUUUUUAUGAUACGGCAUAAUGUCUUUGUUAAUGUGAGAAAAGGCACUUUUCAAGUCUCACACGAUUGUUUUAUUGGACAUUAUAGAACCAGACUUUGAAACUAGAACUAGCCCGGUUUUAUACUGUAGAUCUUCUGUUGAAUCAUGGAGAUGAAGUUCUUCUCUUUAAACUGAUACUGCCAUUCAUUUUUAUAUUUUCAGCUGCUUUUGUUUGUUUGUAUUGUUCUGCCUGCCAAUCACACCUGUCCACUCCUGCUUCUUUCUUGCUUUGUCAUUGUUUAUCAAAUGUCCACUUCAUGUGGUAAAUUGCGUCGCCUGUGGAUCUAAAUGACGAGUUUUUAAACUUUUGUUCAACUGCCAGAGUUUCAGAAUCAGACAUGUGCUCAGACGUGAUACUUAGUCAGAUGAGAGAUGCAAAUUGUGACUCUUUUAAGUGAGUGUGGGCCAAAAGGACUGAAGCUGAAGACAGCAGUGGGAGAAAAAAAAAGAGCGUCAGUGCGAAUCCAUUAGGACUCUAUGGACCUGAUAUAGUGAACAUCCUGUGAGUCCUCGGGUUGAUGUGAAGGUGAAGUGUGGCUCAGCUCUUCCAGGUGAAGACUCUGAACACACGAGCCACCGUUUGAGCACAACAGCCAUGGGAAAGCAAAAAGAUUUGAGCAAACGGAUGUGGCUAAAAGGGGGGAAAAGGUGAAGACAAUGACUGGAUCACAAUCACAGUUUUACAUUAUGUCUGUAUGUGUGUGUGUGUGUGGGAGUGUGUGUGUGUUUGCUUGUGUGAGCUUAAGUUCUGUCUUUUUUCUCUUUUUUUUUCAAAAGACAAUUUAAGUUUUUAAAUACCGCUGGACAUGUACCUGCCAGAGAGAUUAUUAUUAUUGGGAAAAAAAGAUGAAAAGAUAAAAAAAGCCUUGUUACAAUAUGGGAGAGAACUGCCAACAAGUACUGCUGAUUGGGGCCUAUUUUAUUCAGUGCUGGUGUGUUGUUGUGCUUGUACAUAUAUGUCUUUUCAAUCAUCCCUUUUUUCCUCUUGGGGGUGGGGGUAUCAAGACAGGGGGUGGGUCUUAUUCACGAAAGAGAGGAGGGAGAGAAUAGAGUAUUUUGUUAUUGUCCAAUCAGAGGGUGACAGUAUGUAUAUAUCUAUAUUGUAUAUAUGUGAUGAAAAUGCGUUGGCUUUUUGUGUGACACUACCUUUUACCUGUACUAUGGUUCUACAUUCAGUGUUUCAGUGUUGAUAAUAUAUAUUUGGUUUGUGUUUUAUUUUUCUGUUUUAUUUUUUUGUUUGUUUUUUUUGUUUGUUUUUUUUGAUUUUGUCUUUGUCAUUUCUUGUAUUUUUUUCUCCUAUUUGUCCUUUUUUGUUUAUUGCACGGUUUAUUACUUUUGUUGUCCAAUGACGUGACACAGCUACUCUUUGUAUUCGUUUAGUGCUGUAAAAUAACUCAAGUGUUAUUAGAAUUGUCGAUACCACCGCCCACCCCACCCCCUUCCCCCAAUAUGCAUGAAUGGCACUUAAAGAAAUAAAAUAUGGUAACUUCA